AUGCUUCACCGUGAGCAGCCUCAACGCCUGAAGUUCGGUGAUCAGGGCUUCGAUGGCCUUCGUGGGAAGCGCGAUGCGACCGUUUCGCUCUCGGCGUUUAGCUUUUUAUUCUCUGAGAUGUGCUCUCGCGCGUUUACCCACCCGACCAGAGUUCGCAACCUUGAGGAGGUGGAAUCCCGUCUAACAUCGCUUGGGGUUCAUGUCGGGGCUCGACUGGUGAUGAUGUCAUUUCUUUUGAAUUCUGCCGAGCACCAACGGCGGCCACUCACCGCCCUGGCGGCCCUGAAAAUUAUCCAAGAGCGGCUCUGGCCGCGGUGGUUUGGUCGUCAAGCGGAUGAAAUCCAAAGAGAGGCAAAUUCAGACCGCUUUUUUAUUUUUGAUGCCAAUCCGUUAGUUCUACGGUAUGUCCACGCAUCGCCGGAUUACCUUGACAGCGAGGGGCAUUGGAAUGUAAAUUAUGCGAGUUUUAUGGGUGGUAUUAUUCAGGGUGCCCUGCAGUCUAUGGGGUUCGACUGUGAAGUAUUGACGUAUCAUCAACCUGAGCCGUCUAAACCGCAUCAGUCUUUGUUUGUCAUUGACUUUGCAAGGCAAGUGUGCGUUAGAGAGCAGCAAAUCCGUAUGUAG